AUGAAAAGUGAUAAAGACAAGAUUGAUUAGAUUAUCAAUUAAUUUUAUGGAUCGAAGGUUAUUGAGGAAUUGCCAGAGGAGGAACGUCAAUUUGAACUCAUUGUUCAAUAGCCCGAUCAAACCUUAAUUUAAAAGAUGCUUGAUGACAGUUUGUAGAAGAGACAAGAAUUUAUAUAGAGUGCGGAGGGCAAAGAAUAUUCUUAAAUGCUCAUCAUCUCAUAAAUUCGAAUGGACUUCACAAACGAUGAUCCAUUUCUUAAACAUUUAAUGAAUGUUGAAAAAGCAAUUAAGAAGGCUAUUAGAAACAUUCUUCUCCAAUUAUAGAAAAUAGAUGACAAAUAACAAUUUAAAGAUGCCUGUGAUAAAUUAAUAAAGAUAUUUUAUUAAGAUAUUAAUAUUGGCUUUAUAACAUCGACAGGAUAAAUCAAAUCUACUGCCUAUGCAUUUAUAUCCAAAUCAAUUAUCGAAUUAAUAAAUAGAAAGAAAAUCAACUUGCAAUUUAAAAAGAUUCCCUUAAAAAUAACCUUAACAUUUUUCGCUAUCGACUCAUUGCAACAGAUCAAUCCCGUUCACAAACAAUAUGACCCAAGAACAGCCUUCAUCAGAAAUAAUAAGUUCUUUAAUGACUACUUAAUCCUAUCCCAAACCAAUCAAGAUGAAUUAAGAAGUGGCGUAUCCAUAUUUUUUGUCUAUCGACCAGAAGAUGAUCAAAUCUACGCUCUCAAAAGAAGUAAAUUGCAAGCAACUCAUCUUGAUUUCUUCUCCGUUUUCUCCACAACUGCUUCAAACACUCCCAUAACACCAGACAUCAGAAAAAUCAGAGAAGCCAAAAUACUAUCAAAAUUGACUCAUCCAAAUAUUCUUAGACUCUUUGCCUGGUGGAUAGAAUCUACUAAUGAUGGAUAUUUUCUGUAUAUGCAACUUGAAUAUUGCUCAUUUCCUGGGUACAAAUAUCAGCCUACAGAUUUGCUUACAUUUUCAUAUUAUUAUUUAAAUGUAAUGUAGAAUCAAGAAAAAAUCAAUAAAAUUAAAUCUAUUCUGAAUCAAAUUCUAGAUGGAUUGGAGUACAUUCAUCAAAGAGGCAUAAUCCAUAGAGAUUUGAAGCCUGAGAACAUCUUUGUGACAAUUAAUAUCAAGGGAGACUUAUAAGUUGCAUUGGCAGAUUUUGAUUAAGGAAAAGAUGUCAGAGAAGAAAAACUAUCCAUUAUCACUGAUGAAAGACUGCCAGAAGAGGAAUUAAAUUCCAUUAAGAGUUAAAAUACAAUCACCACUGGAACCAUAGGCUACUAAACUGCAAAUUAUACUAAGGAUUCUCAUUAUGAAAUGGCAGAUGAAUUUUAUGCCAUCGGAAUCAUUUUAUUACAUCUUGUUAUAGCAUUCCCUGGAGAACCUAAAAAUAGAAAUUUGUAUGCUAAAACUUUCGUGAUGGCAAAUUCAAUUAAAGAUGUCCUAUCAUUAUUCGAUUCUUGGGCCAACAAAUUUGUAAAAAACAAAAGUCCUGACUUUUCAUUCACACAUUAUUAAAAUGUAAUGGAACUAGCCAAACUUCUAAUAAGUUCAAGAAAACUAACUCAUGCAGAUGUACGAAAAAUGAUUAAUGAGUUAUGAGUUACCAUUUUAUGUGAUCACAAUUAAUUUUUAUAAUAAUGA